GAAGGAGUAUACAUAUUGACGGUGAUCCUGUGGUCUCUUACCAGAGCUUCAGUUUCACGCGUUUCUGUGACUAGCACAACCCCUCCAAUCAAGUAUAGGAUACCCGACCAUCACUCCACCAUGGCGGACAGGAUAAAGCAAAUCGCCAGCCACCUCAACUACCCCCAAGGCCUUCUCGCCGGCCAAGUAGUCAUCAUCACCGGUGCCGCCCAGGGCAUCGGCGCCGAAUGUGCUAGACUCUUCGCUAAUGAAGGAGCCAAGGUUGUUGUUUCUGACAUCGACGCCGCCAAAGCCCAAGCUACUGUGAAUAGGAUCGAUGCCAGCGGAGGCAAGGCCAUCUCUGUUCCCGGUGACCUUCUCAAGGACGACUACAUCGAAAAGCUGGUGAAGAAGGCUGCGGAGUUUGGCAAUGGCAAGAUUCACAUAAUCGUGAACAAUGCUGGUUUCACAUGGGAUGCCGUCGUUCACAAGAUGACCGAUAAGCAGUGGGAGACCAUCAUCGCCCUCCACGGUACUGCCGCCUUCAAGCUCAUCCGUGAAGCAGCUCCCUUCUUCCGCGUCAAGGACGGCGAGCCACGCAACAUCAUCAACAUCUCUUCCACCUCCGGUCUGCACGGCAACGCUGGCCAGCUCAACUACGCCAUGGCCAAGGCCGGUGUGGUUGGCCUUAGCAAGACGAUAGCCAAGGAGUGGGGUCCGGCUUUUGGUGUCAGAGCGAACACCAUUGCCUUUGGACAUAUCGAGACUCGGUUGACGGCCAACAAGGAGGCUGGUGCGUUUGUGGAGGUUGAUGGUCAAAAGGUUGCUUUGGGUAUUCCACAGAAGCAGAAUGCCCAAAAGGCUGGAGGGCCGGUUCCCUUUGCAGAUAUCCCCCUCAGGAGACCCGGUUCAGCAACUGAGGCUGCCAGUGCUGUCUUGGCCAUUGCCUCUCCCCUGAGCUCGUACAUCUCUGGGCAGACUAUCAGUGUGACGGGCGGCAGGAAUUGCUAAGCGGGUUGAGGCUGUGUGUUGUUGUAGCGUAGAGCGCAAGAUAUCCAGAAUGAUUCAUGACCAAAACCUCAAUAUAAUCAUCAGUCAAUUAGCG